AUGGCGUCCCUGAACUUAGAGGACCCUGGAGGUCCCAGCCAGAAAGCAGGUAGGCUGGGGUCAAGAUGCCUGAGAGGUGGCUUCUCCCCCUGCAGCUGGGUGCUUGCUCAUCAGUCCAGAGGCACCUGCCUGCCCUUAGCGUGCACUGGCCUGACUGCAGGAUCCGCCUGGUUCCCCCAGCCCCUGAGCCUCGGCUCCUCAGCUGUCUCCACUCCACUGGGCGCAGGAGUGCAGCAGGCUGCUCUGUGGAUGCCGCGGCUCCAGGGGCAGCACUGGGAGGGUGCCGGGAGGAGGGCGCCGCUCACCCUGGAGGGUGCUCUCUCCUCCUUGUUGGAGCACUGCUGUGGGGAAGUGCUGGCUUACCAGGAACGGGUGGGGGUGCCGGGAGCAGGUGGUGAUGGCAGUCCUCGGUGA